CAUGCGCGGUAGCAACUGGUUUGAAUUGACAGACCUCUGUCGGUGAAAAAUAUUAUUCAGUUCGUCACCGAGUGGCAAGGUGCUUGGUUCGAUUUUAAACGUUCGUAGUUUUAAUUAUUUCUUUGCCGAUUUUUAUUUUCUCGUUUAUACAGUUUCAUCAUUGAUUCAACAAACUUUUGCUGUUCAAGUCCUUAAACACUUUUAAAAAAAAAUCAUGUCUACUUUCAGAAGAGUAAGAUAAUUUUUAAUUUUAUUUUUUUUUAAACGUAGAUUAACUAUUUUCUCAUUAGUAGAUUUAAUAAAUAUAUCUAUAUUUUUUUUAACAUAAAUGAACUAUUUUUCGCCUUGUAAAUUUAAUAAAUAUAUAUUUUUUAUUUUAUUUCUAGUUAUAAUCUUAUUGUUUUUUUUUUUCAAGGGAUCAUUUCUUCAAAAUCAAGAUAUUCCAGAAGUAACUUCUCCCUCCGCUAUGGGUCAGGAUAUAGGCACCAGAGAUUUCAGUAGUUUCUUUUCUUCGCCUGAUUUAAGCUUGAGUCCAACAAGAACUUCUUCUGGUAAGUACUUUUUAAAUUUAUUUUAAUUUUUAGAAAAUAUCAGUAAUUUAUAUUAUAUAAUGUUUGUUAUUAUAUUUUAUUAGGUGAUUCUCCUAUUUCUACAGAUUUUUUUUCUUUAAAUAAACCGCGAAGCUCAAUGAUAGGUCGUCAAUCUGUUCCUAAUUAUUCUUCACAACUAAGGCAAUACGCAGCUCAGGUAAGUUAUUAUUUAAUCUAUAUUCUAUGGCAAAAUAUUUUUCUUUAAUUGAAUUGUAGUUUCUAUGUAAUUUAAUUAAAUUUUUUAGUAUUUCUCUAUACUUUUAUUUUUUUUUUUUUUUUUUUUUUUGUUACGAAAGUUAUUUUUAGUUUAUUAAUUGUAACUAAUGAAACUUUCUUUUAGGAACAAUUAACCAAUUUAAGACGUAAUUCUCUUCAUUUGCCAUAUAUUGCGGAUCGAAGUACUACAAAUAUGUCUGAUUUUGGAAAUGUCAGCCAAACAGAAAAUUGCGGUAGUGAUAUUAGAAAUAAAAAUAUGCAACGACCUAAAUUGGAUCUAUCUUUUGCAUCUUACGGGUAUCCGAUUCCGCAACAACAAUAUCGUGGAUCUCCUACUUACAGUGAUGGUAGUGAUCCAUUAAUUUCCCAUCUCAUGAUGGGUUCUAGGUCUAAUACUCCAGACGAUUCGGAUAUGUCCAAUAGCCCGGAAACCGUAGCUGAUCUGAUUGUAAGUGUUAUAACCGCUGUAUUUUAUAUUCUUAGUUAUAUUAAUUUUAUUAUUAGAACCACGUCAAUAUCAAUCCAUACGGUUCGUCUCCUUUAACUGAACAAGACUUGGCAAAUAUGCAACGCAUAUCGAGUGGGAGAUUGUCUGCUGGUGAAAAUAUUCAUCAUCAGACCCAAAAUUUAUUAAGUUCUUUAUUGGCCCAGCAAAGUCAAUAUCCCACCCGAUAUGGGUCGCCAGCUACUGGUCAGUCACCAGUUUAUGAAAAAAAGUCUCCUCCUCCAUUUUGGUCACCUACAAGAUCGACUAAUGACAACAAUAACAAUCAAAAUGAAAAUCGAAAUUUAAACCGCAAUAUUUACAGUAAAUAUAUUUUUUUAAAUCCAGUUAAAAGGUACGAAUUAAUCCCCCCCCCCUUUUUUUAGGUGGAUUACAUAAAGAUCCGAUAUUUACGUGGAGUGGACUCCUUCCUAAAAUCGUUCAUAGUUCUCCGAAUUAUUCAUGCAAAGUUUUUUUGGGAGGUGUGCCAUGGGACAUUACUGAAGAUGGAAUUAUAAUGGCAUUGAGUCAAUUUGGAUCUGUUAAAAUUGAAUGGCCAGGUACAUCAACCAAUAUGAAUCAGCCAAAAGGGUAUGUCUAUGCUAUUAUGCAAUCCGAUCAAAUGGUGAAACAAUUGUUAGAAUCGUGUACAAAAGGAUCAAAUGGCGGAAACUAUUAUUUUAAAAUAUCAUCUCGAAAAAUGAAGGGCAAAGAAGUACAAGUAAUUCCGUGGUUAAUAAAUGACAGUAAUUGCGUCAAACACCCAUCCCAGAAGUUGGAUCCCACUCGGACUGUUUUUGUGGGUGCUUUGCAUGGAAUGAUGAAUGCACAAGGAUUAUUUAAAAUUAUGGACGACUUAUUUGGCAAUGUAUCUUAUGCAGGUAAGUACACAAAUUAUUAAAUUCUAUACUUAUAUUAAUAUUUAUAUAUAUAUAUUUUUUUAUUAGGGAUUGAUACUGACAAGUAUAAAUAUCCAAUUGGAUCUGGUAGAGUUACAUUUGCAACUUAUCAAUCUUACACAAAAGCUGUAGCUGCUUCAUUUAUCGAAGUCAAAACACCAAAAUUUUGUAAAAAAGUGAGUUAGUUUUAGACAUUUCUUUUGGUGAAAUAUUAAUGUUAUAUUUGUCAUAGAUUCAAGUUGAUCCUUACUUGGAAGAUAGUGCUUGUAGUGUUUGCAACAUAACACUUGGACCUUAUUUCUGCAGAGAUCAAUUAUGUUACCGUUACUAUUGCCGUGGAUGUUGGAAUUGGAAACACAUAACUCCCCCAUUCAGUACUCAUCGUCCAUUAAUGAGAAAUUCUAAACAUACUCCAACAAGUUUGAGCUCGCCACCAAGAUUUACAUCUCCAAGCAGUUUUUCACCUACGCUCAACCAGUAAGUUUACAAAUAAAAUAUGUAAUUAUUAUUUUAUUAAUUUAAUAUUAUUUUUUUAGAUCUGAUGUGGAGUAAUGUUUGAAUGUUGAAUAUGAAGACUGACCUUUAUUUUUUUUUUAAUUUGUUAUUUUGAAAAAUUAUUAAGUACAAGAGUACAAUUUUGUUUAAUAUUUAUAUAAUUAGAUUCUAUAUAUUUUUUUCUUCCUUUUCUGAUUAAAAAUUAUUAACAAUUACUGAGGAUUUCAUUAAUUUGGUCUUUUUUUUUUAAAUGUUUCAAUUACUAUCAAAGAAAUUUGUAUUUCAUUACAAAAGUUAAAUUUUGCACGUU